GUGUAGAUCAUUCCACACGCCAUUUACUCCAUACAUUCAUGGGAGACUGACUGGACGUGAAUAUGGCGACUCCACUGUUAUAGAAUGGCUACUCCAUCCGACAGAAGUCGCCAAAUGCAGAAAACUGCCACCAGUACGUCGUCUUCUGGAUAUCUAUAUCAUCAAGUAUGCAAGAAACACCCCAACUUUCGUGCUUGUAUUGGAUGUCAAAAAUGCGACGUUCCAGUCUGUGAGAAAUGCCUUGUUGGAGAGCACAAUGGACACAAUCUGAUAGAAUUAGAAAAACUGUAUCAAAACAGGAAGGAAAAACUAGAGCAGAAGCUACCAACAGUUCGCUCUGAGCUUACAAAAUUUGAAACUGAGUUAGAGAGGGUAAAAAGGAGACAGAAAGAAGUGUCCGAAAACAUUGACACAGUUAAAGGAGAAAUUGAAUGUCAUUUUGAAAGUGCUAUCUCUGCUUUCGAAGACUUCAAACGACAACUUUUGAACAGAGUUGAUUUGAAAACUUCAACAUCCCUACAUUUGCUGAAAGAUCAAGAAAAACAUUUACAAACAUGUAUCCAAAAAAUGCUGGAAUACAUAGUCAACUUUCAAAAUGCAGAUUUAGAAAAGAAAAUAUCAUUUAUUUUAUACAGUGCAUGUUCUACAGAAGAAUUUAUACCGGAACAUUGCCCCUUAUCUUUUAAGCCGGGAAUUGUAAAAUACUCAAAAGGCUGUAUAGAGAAAAGUGUUAUGCACAAACUUUCUGGAUAUGUUUUUGAAAAACAAGAUAAUGCCACAAUUCUGGAGAAAGAAGCAAUACAGGUGAUAAAAACUAUUAAUCUAAACCAAGCAGAUGUGUUAUCACUUUCUUCGGAUUCAGGCUUAUACUGGGUCUUUUUAUCAAAUAAAAAUCAUUUUGAGAAAUAUAACGAGAAAGGCGUUUGCGUUGAAGAAAUCAAAGUUGAUCUUCAGAGCACAAGAAACAAGCCAUUUUGCAUCGUAGACAACACGGGUGUACAUGCAAUUUACAGAACCGGAACUAAUAAACUCUCCAUGUUGAAACAUUCACAGCAGAAAUCGUUCAUUGAUGUUGCACCUUUGAGGAUUACGUGUCUUUGUUUAACCAGAAUUGGUGAAAUAUUGGCAGGAUUAGUAAAGCUUACAAAAGAAAACUAUUUUGGAAUUGCUCGUUAUAGUCUUGAGGGUGAACGCAAACAGUUUAUAACACAGAUGAUGAAAAAAUGGGAACGAGAACCCAUUCUGGAAGGUUUAGUUUACCGUACAUAUAUCACGGAAAAUAUUAAUGGGGACAUUUGUCUGUCAGGUGAAACAUCCUUGACGAAAGUUGUGAAUAUUAUCCGACCCAAUGGAGAUCAUAGGUUUACCUAUGAAGGAAAAGAAGCUUCUAUGUCUCAGCCGUUCUUACCCCGUGGAAUAUGUACCAAUGAAUUAGGUAAUAUUCUUAUUGCAGACGAGAGCAACCAUGGGAUCCAUGUUUUAAACAAGGACGGUGGAUUCCUGACUAUGUUAACCAUUCCUGACGAUCCACGGGCCAGUCCAAUUUCUUUGUGCCUAGACCAUCAUAACAAUAUCUGCAUUGGAUGUGCAGAUGGAAAAAUAAAAAUCCUGAAAUAUUUGGGCUAACCUUUGAUCGGCAUUGAAAGUACAUAGCCGGUACAUAUCUGGCAUUGCACUCUAUGAAUGUGACACAAAGCACUGGCUUUCCAUUCGUUUGCUAAUUAAAUUUUGCGUGAUAUUAUAUAUUUGUUUUGUUAGUCCUGAUUUAACUUUUCGAUGAAACCAUAUGGAUGUGGUACAUGCUUACAUACGUGUUUGAAUGUUUUUAGCAGUGAUUAAUGUGAAUCUAAAAUACAUGCCGGUACUUUCAGAAUUCAUGUCCUAUUACUGUACGGCACAGAAAACAAAUGUGUAAUGUUUUAUAUUUUUUUAAUUCAUCUGCAAAACACAUUAUGUAUUAUCUUAUGCUUAAAUUAGGGUUGAAAAUCAUUGUUAAUUUUGAAUUGUCAGUCGAUGACUAAUACUAUCACACGAUACUUCAUAUCAAUAUUGCAUGAUUUAUAAAAUUUGUAAUCAACGCUGAAGUAACGAAGACUUUAAAUCUCAGUUGCAAAACUAAACCAGGGGAGUGAUCUUGUUUCGUGAAUAAUUACAACGGUGUGGAAUAUAACCAGCACCAAUUAAAAAUUAAACUGCAUUUUUGUGCAAUUUCAUGGCAAAGAUGGUACAAAGUUUAAGGUAACAAUAAGCUUUUGAUAAACACUAGACUUUGACCCGUGCGUGCACGGGUUGACAUUGUAUAUGUUAUCGGACAUUUACGAAAUAGAUACAUCGACACACCGUUUUGUUGCCAUUUACAUAAUAAAGCUUAAAGCCUACAAUAAUGCUAUUAAUUUCACUACACUCUGCUUAGUUAGAAAAAUCUAAAUGUGUCUCGGGACAGGCACAUACCACAGUUAAUAUGCCUCCCAUAUACCAAUGUAUACCCGUAAAGUAGCAAAAAAUUGUAGAAUCGCUCCGAAACGAUUUUAGAGAACAUUAAUGAAGCUGCAUUGAAAAUAUAACAGUCAAACCAUUUUGAGGUUGUAAAUACCUUUCAUCUAAAAAUUUAAUUUAUAUAUUAAUGAAGAAUUCAACACUUUCUCCAGCAACGUUUUUCACUCGCUUCGAGUUGACAUUCGGAACUAUUGGGAUUUUUCAUAUUAAAUGCACUGAGUUAGAGUUAUCUCCCGUAUUUCCUCUGAUGAACAGAAUAUAUAUGUGACAAAUUUUCAAUGAAAAUUUACACGUAUUUGUAAUAUUGUUUCUGAGUUUAUCCAUGCAAAUGUGCAAUUGUGGUAACAAAAACUAAAGAGCCUCCCGUGAUUCAGCGUGAAUGUAAUGCGCAUGCGCAAGAUUGUAAAAUCCGAAAAAUUCAUAUGAUUUCCGGAUUUUUAGAAGGAAUUUUCGUUGAUUUUUAAAUUGACUGAGAAAAAAUAAAAACAAAUUGGUAAUCUUCAAGUGCUAAUAAUGUUUAAAAUAUAUAAAACAAAUGAUAGUACUCUUCCGAUUUCUCGGUAUUAAAGCUAAACAAGUAUUCCUUUUAAAGGAAUGAUCGGCAAUAAUGAUAAAUAGAUAGCUAGAAGCAAUUAACAUGAUCA